UUUUGGCUCUGACAGCUGCCCCGUAUAUAGAGUCUCUUCUUGCAGCCAAAGAUUUCCCGUACCCAUGGCCGGAACAGGAGCUGGCUAUGACCUGUCGGUCACAACGUUUUCACCCGAUGGGCGAGUCUUCCAGGUCGAAUAUGCUGGAAAAGCAGUGGAGAACAGCGGCACAACCUUGGCUAUUUGCUGCAAGGACGGAGUAGUCUUUGCGGCUGAGAAGUUCUUGCUAUCAAAAAUGCUGGUUCCGGGCACUGCCAAGCGAAUAUUUCCCGUUCAUAGACGUGCCGGCAUGUCCAUAGCCGGAAUGGUGGCGGAUGCGAGGCAGAUCGUCAGCCGAGCCCGUUCAGAAGCCACGCAAUAUUUCAACGCGUAUUGUGAGGAAAUGCCAUCAGAGCUUCUUGCUGAACGUUUGGGCCUCUUCAUGCAUGCUUACACCUUGUACUGGUCUGUGCGCCCGUUCGGCUGCACUGCGCUGCUGGGAUGUGUAGAUCAGGAGACCAAGAAGCCCAGCCUUUUCUGCAUUGAGCCCAACGGCAUGGUUUACAAGUACCAAGCCACAGCAGAGGGCAAGGGCAAACAAGCAGCCAAGACUGAGAUUGAGAAGGUCCUGGCGAACAACCCGGAGCUCACGUGCGAGCAGGCGUUGAUGCUUGUUGCCAAGAUCAUUCACAAGGUUCAUGACGAAAAAGACAAAGACUUUGAGCUUGAGAUCUCCUGGAUUUGUCCUGCAUCCAACUAUGAGCAUGCCCAAGUGCCGGCGAAGCAGAGGAAGGCUGCUGAGGCCGAAGCUAAACGGAUCCUGGAGGCAGAGCAAGAGGACGACUGAGCUGCAAUGUGAAGACCAGAGAGGAGAAAGUUUCCUUUUGUGCUUACCAUAGAACUGGCCCCGGGAAUACAGAAACAG